GUUUUUGAGCAGCAGGUGAUUCAUAUGAACUGUCAUUUUAGCCUUAUCAGUCGUUUGGGUGUCUCUGCUUUAAUAUCCUCUGACCUGCUUAGUCUCAGGUCUGUCACUUGUUCACACAGGAAUUUUUGUGAUCAUACAAAGAAAACCAAAGCUCAUCUCUCCCCAGCAACACAUGGCCUCAGCUUGGACCGAAGAGGAAAGCUUUGCCUGUCCAGUAUGUCUGGAAACCCUGAAGGACCCAGCCACUCUACCAUGCGGACACUCGUACUGCUUGGCUUGUAUCCAGAGCCACUGGGACAAGGGGGACAGCAAAGGUGAACACAGCUGCCCCCAGUGUAGGCAGGUGUUUAAUCCUCGGCCCUCGCUGGCCAGGAGCACCCUACUGGUGGAGGCUAUGGAGAAGCUGAGAACCAACAGCCUGAAGCAACGCUCCUUCACAGCUACGUCCUCAGCUCCACCGUCGAUGCCCAUCUAUUUGGAGCUCCAACCAGACACAAGGCCACAAAUGGGCAGUGUGUACCCACAGCUUCCCUCUGUGGAGACCAGACCCUGCCUCCAGCACGGCCGACCCCUGGACCUGUUUUGCCAUGAGGACAAGGACUGUGUGUGUGAGGUGUGUUGCCAGCAUGGACACAGGGGACACCGUGUGGUCAAACUAAAAGAAGAGCGAAAUGAAAGACAGAAAGAGCUUGUUCAGAUGCAGGCAGAGGUACAGAGGAGGAUUCAGGAGACUGAGAGAGAGGUUCAGGAGCUCCCACAUUUUGCACGUCAAUAUAAAGCCUUAGUCCAGGCUCUAGAGAAGGAGAGCACAGAUUUAUUCUUGGAGCUAGCCCAGAAUGUGAAUCAAACAGGCACCCAGGUUAGUGAGUUCCUCUCUACCCAUGAGGCUUCCUUAGGCAGCCAGGCUGAGGGGCAGCUCAACAAACUGGAGCAGGAGAUGGCUCGGCUCCGCUGGAGGAGUGAUGAGCUGAGCAGAAUGGCUGACAUGCAGGACAACAUCUGUUUCUUGAAGAACUUCCUCCUCAUGGAGCCGCUGGGUCAGACUGGUGCCACAGGAGGGUCCGUGAUGGGGCGGGAGGAAACCAUGGUGGCGUCCAUCCGCUCAGUCAUGAAAGAACUGCAGGAGUCUAUUCAGGAUCUCUGCAAAGCCAGUCUGGCCAAGAUCGUCACAAUAGUGAAUAAUGACCCCCCGGCUUCAGCUACCAACAGUGCAGAAGCAGAAGGCCCACAACCAGCAGGCAACACCAGCCAGGCCCCUGCCCAAAAUACAGUGUAUGAUGUGACAACAGACCCUCCACCCUUGCCACCUCUGCAACCUCAAGAGCAUCAGCCUUCAAAGUCUGGUGGUUCUGCAUUUCUUCAAGCUUCAGCCCCCCCGCCACCCUUGCCUAAUCCUCCACGUCAAGCUUCUGUAACAUCAGUGGAACUUGUGAAUCCAGAACCAAAAGCACGAGAUGGACUGUUAAAAUUUCGUUUUGAACCCACCAUGGACCCCAACACAGUAUAUCGCCACGUGCAGCUGUCGGAUGGCAAUCGUAAGGCAACGAUGCGGUCUGAGAACCUGAAUCCCCCAGACCAUCCUGAACGAUUCCAGUUCUGGAGACAGGUUCUCUGUAGAGAGCCCCUAGGAGGGAGCCCUUACUACUGGGAGGUGGAGUGGAGUGGCCAGAAGGUCUCCAUCGGUGUUGCCUACAAAGAGAUAGAACGCAAGGGUUCUGAUGACAAGAGCCGUUUGGGCCACAAUGCGCUGUCUUGGAGCCUGUACUGGUCCGGGAGUGGAUUUUCCUUUUGGCACAAUAACCAGGAAAAACUACUGGGUUCACCAAAAGCCAAACGGAUCGGCGUCUAUCUGGACCAGUAUGCAGGGAUUCUUGCCUUUUACAGCAUCGCCAACAACAAGGCUAAACUCCUCCACAGGCACCAGCAACAGUUCACUGGCCCUCUGUACCCAGGGUUCAGGUUCUGGGCAGGAGUGGGUGCUACAGUGACCAUUUGCCGAUUAGACUGAGAAUGACAUGAAUAAUUAGCUGAUGUUUUUUGAUUAAAUGUCCUUAUUUGACUGGACAGUUUGUUAAUGUUUUCUUCUUCUGGAGGGGGAAAAAUGUUCAGCAGGAUAAGUGGAAGAAAAUGGAUGGAUCAUUCAUAUAACACAAAUUAUUUUAAAUAUGUCUAUGGAAGUAAAUAAAAGAUUAAUAAACAUGCAUCACAUAC